CUUGAAGUUUCGCUUCAAAGCUGUUCGAAAAAGGCGUCGUUCAUAACUUCUCGUACAACGCCAUUGCAAGGGCCAGUCCGCCUUCACCGAGAACAAUCAGCCUACAGGACCAAUAUUCUGUGCAACGGCGCUCUAGAAACAACGGUGCGACCAGGAAAUUUAUCAGCAAAUAUGGGGCCUUCGAAACUACUUGGCGUAAUCGCUUUUGUCUCUUCAUCAUGUGCUGCGAUGUUCUACAACACGGAUGCUCCAUGUGAUUUCACGGACGUCCACCUAGACGACGAAAUGUUUUCCAAGCUGCUCGUCAAGCUUCCAGAAGGUUUCGAGUCCGGACCACAGGGAAUCCACUCUGCCAUUCCUGGAAUUGAAUUUGGUGGAGUCACUGUUCAUGGCCUGAGCAAACUUCGCCAGUUCGGGCCCCCAAUUCCUUACUGCGCCAAUGGAAAGCGUAUGGUGCAAGUGGACUUGUACAAUGAUGAGCCGAUAUAUUUCUCCGCACCAUGGAAGGCUUGCUCAGGCGAUGAAGGGCAGCUGAUGCUUCGCUCCGCGUUCUUGCGGUUCACAGCCCAAUUUGCCAUUGUCGAAUCCUCUACUGAAGGCGUGAAGCUUGAAUUCGAGCGUGAACUUCCUGUUACAACGCAGAGCAUCCGCUUGGGCAUCGAAGGAGCUGGACGUGCUCUCAACACCAUUUUUGAAGUUCUGAGCGCACUUCUACCAAGUGUCGCUGAAGAAUCUUGGAACAUGCAAUUUUCGCGUGAUCUUGCCAGAGCCUUCCGUAUGGCCCUUGAGUGAAAUACGCGUAAGGUAAUAUAUCGGUGUCACCAAACGAAACCUAGUCCUGAACAGCCAAUGAACACCGUCUUCUAAUCAUAUCGCUUCAUCUUAUUGCAAGAAAGCAAAUAAAAUCACUUACCUUUAUCGAGUCCUAUGGUUUUAUGUUUUCAUCGGCACGUCGUAUCUCCGCUGUGCUUCUUGAGGAUAUAUUCCACAAAACUACAGGUAUCUUAGUUUCAGCCAUUUUUAUUAUUCUGGAGGAACGCAUCUGUGUUUAUUUCUACUAAAUAUUUUUCCGCUAAAACUUUAGAGGAAACAAAUCGACCAGAGUGAACUGACAGUAACCCGAAAAA